AUGAGCGUGAAAGGAUUGAAGACACUGGUCGCGAAAGAAGUUUUGGAAGUUAGUGAAGAGAAUCAAUCUCAAAACCGCCCACUACUUCUCCACAAGAAACAAUGGAAAAGAAAAAGGCAAGUUUGGUAUGUUUUACUUAUCUUUAUAACCAUCAUUUUCAAGCUUCAAAGGAAUACAAUUGUUUUACAUAUCUUUUCUGAGAGCUACUUCGACUUCACGAAUGGCUCGACACGAGGGGAGCAGUGGAGCGGUUUCGAUGAGCACGGUGGCUGUUGCAAUGGCGUUGCUGCUGCAACUUUUGUUGUUGGCGACUCGAACGGAUGGAACCUGGGUGUGGAGGGAUGGCCUAAUGGGAAGGUGUUUAGAGCGGGUGACAUAUUAAGAUUCAACUAUAACCCGAUAGUUCACAACGUGGUAGCAGUGGACGAGGGGGGUUAUAGAAGCUGCAUAGCUCCAAGAGGCGCCAAAGUGUUCAAUUCAGGCAAGGAUGAGAUCAUGCUCUCAACCGGACACAGCUUCUUCAUAUGCACCACGCCAGACCACUGCCAAGUUGGGAUGAAAAUUGCUAUCAAUUCCCUCUAGUUCUCGACCACCCCGUCUCG